AGAAUAGUACAUACUACCUUCCGCGAAAUUUCGGAUCCGUGGAUUUUUUCACUUGUCACUCUCAAGGCAUUUUCAUAUUGCUUUUCGAAAGCCAUCUUCAAUUCAAAUCAGUUAAGGCAUCCUGUACCGAAAAGAACGUUCCAAGAAAAAGAAUAAAAAAAAACGCGCUUCUCGUUUUUAAAAAGAGAGAACGCGUUCUGGGACUGUAUUGUGCGUUUUUUCUUUUGGAGGGAGUAAUUGAAUGGUUGUGGAAGGAAGAGUUGAAAAAAUAUGGAGAGCUAUCUCAAUGAGAAUUUCGACCUGACGUCGAAGAACCCGACGGAUGAAGCGUUGCAGCGAUGGCGGAAACUCUGUGGGGUUGUCAAGAACCCGAAGAGGCGGUUCCGUUUCACCGCCAAUCUGUCGAAGCGGAUGGAGGCGCAGGCUAUGCGGCGGACGAAUCAGGAGAAGUUGAGAGUUGCUGUUUUGGUUUCAAAAGCUGCACUUAACUUUAUUCAUGGAAUUACACCGAGUGAUUACACUGUACCGGAGGAAGUCAAAGCAGCCGGUUUUCAGAUUUGCGCGGAUGAGUUGGGAUCCAUUGUUGAGGGCCAUGAUCUAAAGAGGCUGAAAGUGCAUGGGGGCGUAGAGGGUGUCGCGAACAAGCUUUCUACAUCUACUACUAUCGGAAUUACUUCAACUGAGGAUCAACUGAAGCCUAGGGAAGUAAUUUAUGGAAAAAAUAAAUUUGCUGAAAGCCAGGUGAAGUGUUUCUGGGUGUUCGUAUGGGAAGCGCUUCAAGACAUGACUCUCAUCAUCCUUGGCAUGUGUGCGUUUGUAUCUCUGAUUGUUGGAAUCGCCAUGGAAGGGUGGCCUAAAGGUGCUCAUGAUGGUCUUGGUAUUGUUGCAAGCAUACUGUUGGUUGUAUUCGUCACUGCAACGAGCGAUUACCGACAGUCUUUACAAUUCAAGGAUUUGGAUAAGGAGAAAAAGAAGAUCUCGAUUCAGGUUACGAGGAAUGGGUAUAGGCAGAAGCUCUCAAUAUAUGAUCUACUUCCCGGUGAUAUUGUUCAUCUUGCGAUUGGUGACCAAGUCCCAACAGAUGGACUGUUUGUUUCUGGAUUCUCAGUAUUGAUCAAUGAAUCCAGUUUAACGGGUGAGAGUGAUCCUGUUGUCGUGAAUGACGAAAAUCCAUUUCUUUUAUCUGGCACUAAAGUUCAGGACGGGUCUUGUAAGAUGCUGGUGACAACUGUUGGCAUGAGAACCCAAUGGGGGAAAUUGAUGGCUACCCUUAGUGAAGGUGGAGAUGACGAAACACCAUUGCAGGUCAAACUAAAUGGAGUGGCAACUAUCAUUGGGAAAAUAGGUCUGCUCUUUGCUAUCGUGACAUUCGCUGUGAUGGUGCAAAGCCUUCUUAGCCGUAAGAUUUAUGAGGGCACACAAUGGAGCUGGUCAGGAGAUGACUUAUUACAGAUGUUGGAAUAUUUUGCUGUUGCUGUUACGAUAGUUGUUGUCGCAGUUCCUGAGGGCCUGCCUUUAGCGGUGACCUUGAGCCUUGCUUUCGCCAUGAAGAAGAUGAUGAACGAUAAGGCACUCGUCCGCCAUCUUGCGGCUUGUGAGACCAUGGGCUCGGCAACGAACAUUUGCAGCGACAAGACGGGAACACUGACUACCAAUCGUAUGACUGUUGUGAAGGCAUGCAUUUGUGGGAUUAUCAAAGAAGCAAGCGAUUCCAAGGAUGCCCGUAGUAUGUUCUCUGAAAUUCCAGAUUUCGCAAUGAAAACUCUUCUGCAGUCGAUAUUUAAUAAUACGGGUGGUGAAGUCGUGAUUAAUAAAGAUAGAAAGCGUGAAAUUUUAGGAACACCGACGGAGGCUGCUUUGUUGGAGUUUGCUCUGUCACUUGGAGGAGAUUUUCAGGCGGAACGCCAAGAACCCAAGAUUGUGAAAAUCGAGCCUUUCAAUUCAGAAAGGAAGAGAAUGGCGGUGGUGCUGCAGCUUCCAGGAGGAGGAUUCCGUGCCCAUUGCAAAGGCGCAUCGGAAAUAGUUCUGGCCGCUUGUGACAAGGUUAUAGACCGAACGGGCCAGGUCGUUCCCCUCGAUGAAGCAUCUCUCGGUCAUCUGAAAGAUACAAUUGAACGGUUUGCAAGUGAAGCUCUUCGGACGCUGUGCCUUGGUUACAUGGAAAUAGGAACAGAUUUUGUGGCCGAAAAACCAAUUCCAGGCCAUGGAUAUACUUGCAUUGGGAUUGUGGGUAUUAAAGAUCCUGUCCGCCCUGGCGUCAAGGAGUCAGUGGCAAUAUGUAAGGCAGCUGGGAUCACAGUACGGAUGGUUACAGGAGACAACAUUAACACAGCAAAGGCGAUUGCCAGGGAAUGCGGUAUUCUGACUGAUGAGGGUAUUGCUAUCGAGGGUCCAGAAUUUAGAGAGAAGACACUAGAACAGAUGAAUGAGCUAAUUCCGAAAAUUCAGGUGAUGGCUAGAUCUUCACCGUUGGAUAAGCAUACCUUGGUAAAGCACCUGCGCACCAUGUUUAAUGAAGUUGUUGCUGUGACCGGUGAUGGCACAAAUGACGCUCCUGCGCUUCAUGAGGCAGAUAUUGGACUUGCAAUGGGUAUAGCAGGAACAGAGGUGGCGAAAGAGUGUGCUGAUGUGAUAAUAUUGGAUGAUAAUUUCUCAACGAUCGUAACCGUUGCCAAAUGGGGACGUUCUGUAUAUAUCAACAUUCAAAAGUUUGUGCAGUUUCAGCUGACUGUUAAUGUGGUUGCCUUAAUCGUUAAUUUCUCCUCAGCAUGUCUGACUGGAAGUGCCCCACUGACGGCGGUUCAGCUUCUCUGGGUCAACAUGAUUAUGGAUACAUUAGGUGCACUUGCAUUGGCGACAGAACCUCCCCAGGAUGACUUGAUGAAGAGAACUCCUGUCGGAAGGAAAGGGAAUUUUAUCAGCAAUGUGAUGUGGAGAAAUAUCCUUGGACAAUCGUUUUAUCAGUUUGUUGUCAUAUGGUAUCUCCAGGCAAAAGGAAAAGGAGUGUUUGGGCUUUACGGCCCCGAUUCAGAUCUUAUACUGAACACUCUGAUUUUUAACUCGUUUGUCUUUUGCCAGGUUUUCAAUGAGAUAAGCUCUCGAGAGAUGGAAAAAAUAGAUGUAUUCAAAGGCAUACUGAAGAACUAUGUGUUUGUUGGCGUCCUCAGUAGCACUGUUGUCUUCCAAGUCAUAAUCAUCGAAUUCCUUGGCAGUUUUGCAAAUACAACUCCCCUCACUUUCUCACAGUGGUUUUUUAGCAUUUUCGUUGGAUUCCUUGGAAUGCCGAUCGCUGCUGCCAUCAAGAUGAUUCCAGUAGGGUCCAAAUGAAAAAACAUACAGAAGAUUGGAGCGUCAGAUACGAAGGAGAUGGUGCUUUUGGAAUCUGUGUCUUUCACAUGCAACACCAAUUUCAUGGUUUCUUCAGAUAUGCACCUGCAGUGUUGCUUGAACUGAUCCAGCACUGGUGCAGGUGGCUGACCUUUAAAGAUUUUUUGACUAACAGACUCGUAGCAGCCUGUCCAGAGUUUUGCGAAGCCUACACGCGACUCUCCACAUGGGGUGUGGGACAUCCUCGCCGUGCAUUAGAUGGCCCCCAGCGUAUGGAUGGCCUAAAACUCAGGCUGGUCAGCUCAUCGGGUGGACCACACAUGAAAAACAAUGGAUAUUUUGAAGUAUUGUCAAACGUCCACGUAGUAUGUGCAGUGUGACUGAUCAGUGGGCCAUCCUGAAUGUGUUGGGUCAUCACUCAGGUCCAAAUGAUGCACGGGGCAGAUGUACCACACGCCUUUAGAGUCGGUGAUGGGGCAUGGCAAAAGCAUAUCUCCUCUAUCAGCGCACUUUCUUCUGCUGUUUGGAUUGUAAAUAAGCAUUUGAGGACAGCAGUUUCUUCCUUAUCUUUAAUUUUACAAGGUGGAACUUGCUGCUUGAUUUGUUUAUUUUUGGAUGUUUGACUCAUUUUGUGUUGUGUUAUUUCGUUCAUUAUUAUAAGUGGGUCUUUCUGUAGAAAUCAAAACUGUCUAUGGAUUUGUUUUCAUGGAUUCUGUUUUAUUUUAUUUAUGUUGUUUGUAAUUCUCUUUUCGUUUGUAAAUGCACCCUUUUAUCAGUUUGCUGUA